AUGAAGUGGAACAAUUUGCAAGCCCUCUUCGCGUCAGAGGCGCGGCCCCAGUGGAUCGUCAGCGGCGCGCCCACGCUGAACAAAUAUCUCACCAAGUCCACGCGAAUACUUUCAUCGAUCUUGACAUACUUCAGCACCGACUGCACCCCACCGAAGUCGCUCCUGGCGCUCCAUUCCAAUCUUGAUCCAGUCUACGGCUUGCUUCAAUUUGACCAGGUUGUCGACGUCUCUCAAUGGCAUUUCUCGGAGACGCUAGCAACCAGGUUCGCCAAUGAUCGCAACGAGACGCGAUGCAAAGUUGACUGCGAGGGUGGCCGUCUUCUGCUUGAGCUGCUCCUUGCAGUGGCUGGCAACCGCUUCAGCCGCGGCGGCUUUGUGCUGGGCGGUGUACACAUUCCUGCAGUGCGGGUUGGCGCGACGUCGCGCAACUUGUCCACCAAGGGUUUGCGAGCUGCGGGCGCCAAGCUGUGCGCCACCUUCGGCAAGGCUGGUGUCCGGGUGCAUAUGCUCCGCGAUGUGGCCCAGGAGUGCCACCAGGCCAGGCCUUGUAGGGAGCUGGCCCAUGCGGCGGUCACGGGCUUCGCCCCCCGCAUGCCCUGGGCGCCUCACGUGGUCGACGGCGGCCUCUUUGCCACGCUGCUGUCGGGCCAGUUUUUCGGCUUCUGCUGCACCAACAAGGAGAGGCGGAGCAGGAUGAGAUCGACCUCUCGAUCGAGCCGAACGGGGCCGUCGAUCCGGACCCCAUCGACUCGAUUUCGACCCCACGCAGCGCUUCACCACCGCGGGGGAGCGGCCCGCGCCGUGCACGCCGGUGGUGCCGCUGAACCCGCCCGCGGGCUGGCAGGGGGCGGCAGGCCGCCGCAGCGCCGGCCGUGCGUCGCCGUCGCCGCCGCCCUCACGCUCGGGCUGGGGCGACAGCGAGCGGCACUCCCGCGCCAGCGGCCCGGAGCCGCAGGGCGGCCCGCCGGAGCACCACACCCAAGCCAAGCCGGCCGGGCCAUCGCCGCAGCAGCUCCCGGGCAGGCUCCCACUUCAGGCCAGGUCUGCGCCAGGCCCGGCGCCCGGCGCCAGUGCAGAGCGGCGGCCACCAUCGCCGCCGCCAGAGCAGGCGGCCCUUCCCUGGGAGGGUCGGGGGGCUCGCCGCAGAAGUUCAAGUGGGAGGCGGAGUCCUCGAUUGACUCCGUGCCGCUGCACUCCCUGAGGCACCCGCCCUUCGAGAGGAAGGCCCACUCGCCAGAGAGGUUCCGAACCCUCUCGAACAAGUCCCUCGACGCUGCGGCCGAGGCCGAGUCCCCGGGCUUCGUGCACGAGCUGCUGCCCAGGGAGGGCACCCCGCUGCGCCUCGGGCUCAUGAAGGCCACGCUCGCGGCGAUCUCGGCGCCGCCGUCGCCGGCGGCCCCCGCGGCGCCUGCGGCGCUCGGCGACCGGCCCUGGCGCUUGUUGCCCUCCGUGGGCACCUGGUACGCGCCGCUGCGGCCCGCGGGGCGGCAAGGAGGUGCGGAGGCGGCGCAGCCCGGGAAGGCGCUUGCGUGCGCCGCCGCCGCGCCCGCGGCGGCCGCGGGGCUCGCGGCCCGAGGCGCUGAUCAAUGGUUCCAGCGGCCGUCGGUGGGCACGUGGCUGCUGCACAGAAAGGCCGCCGCCGUCGCCAUUGCGGAUGACUCAGCAGGCUUCAAGCCCGCGGCACCGGCCGAGAAGCUGACGGGCCCGCGGGGAGGGUCGCUCCGCGAGGCGAUCCUGAAGGCACCGCCGUCGAAGAGGAUGACGUAG